GUUGUGCCGGUAGCACACUCUUCACAUGUUGGAGCUUAGCUAAAUGUUAAAACAUGGAGAAACUCUGUGUUUUGGAACUGUACAGUGGCAUUGGAGGGAUGCAUUAUGCAUUGAGAGAGAGCUAGGUCCCUGCUGAAGUGGUAACUGCAGUGGAUGUGAAUACAACAGCCAAUGAAAUCUAUAAACACAACUUCCCCGAAACUCUGCUGUUACCCAAGACCAUUGAAGUUGAACAAGAUGCCCCGCUUCAUUCUGUUGGAGAAUGUGAAAGGCUUUGAGUCGUCCUCUGCAAGAAAUGCCUUGAUAAAGACUUUACAGGACUGUAGAUACAACUUUCAGGAAUUAAUGAUAUCACCCACUUGUCUGGGAAUACCGAAUUCAAGGCUGCGUUAUUUUCUUAUUGCCAAAGCUUCCCCAGAUUCCUUCUCAUUUCAGAAAACAGCAAAGAUUUUAGAGGGCUUUCCAAAGUCAGAAUCCAGCUCUGACACAGACAGUCCCAUGAUCCCUGACAGCCACUGUAGUACAGUUAAUGCUGACAAGAGAGAAGACGGGACUAUAAUCUAUAAGAUGGAGACGGCUCAGGAGCUGGAGAGGAAGAGGAGUCAGGACGGUGAACAGACCGUGAGGAGACUACGGGAUUUCCUGGAAGAUGAAGAACAAGGAACAGACAUGGACAGUUAUUUGCUUCCUCCAGCGAUCAAAGAUCAGCAAAUAUUCUGAGAACUCAGAUGAAAGAGAAGCAUAAUAAAAACCAGUCAAUUCAAAAAAA